AAACGACUCAACCUCUACUAAUUUCCAAUACCCCAUAAAACCCCAGACAGCAAAAAAGAAAACUAAAAAAAUGACCGCCCCAAAACCCCACAUAGGAGAAACCCUCCUCAGGCGCGCUCACACCCCCGAAACAUCCUCUCAACUCUUCAUCGAACGCAUCAAACAAAAACCCCUCUACCUACGCCCAACAUCGCCCACCCCAGCCGAUAAUCGCGACCGCCGCCGCCACUACCGCCUCCAAAAGAAAUCCUACUUUCUCCGCAAACAGAAACCGCGGCCGCUGUCCGCGCGCGAGAAGCGCGCCACCGGCAUCUACAACCUCCCCAAGGACGAGUGCAAGUAUGCCGUUUUCAAGGGCCUGCAUGCCAUGUGGGUGGAGUAUAUGCGGGAGAUACUGGAUGUUAAUGCGCGGAAGUUGGAAGAGCUCAAUGUGACGGCGCUGUCGCAUGGGAGUAAGUUGGUUAGUGCGGAUUUUCAUGGGGCGGAGGUGGAGGUCGUGAGGAGUCGGUGUGCGGGGAGGGUUGGGGUGAAGGGGAUUGUGGUUCGGGAUACGAAGUUCACAUUUGUGGUUGUUACCGAGGGGGAUGAGGUUAAGACUUUGCCGAAAGAACAGACGAUUUUUCGCUUUCGUGUGCCGUUACCUGCGUCUGAUCAGGAUGUUAUGGAUGUGACGGCUGGUGCGGAUGCCAGGGCCAAUAGCGACAAUAAGAAGGAGCUUACAUUUGAGCUUCAUGGAAGUCAGUUUCAGAAUCGGCCGGUUGAUCGUGCCAAUAAGAAGUUUAAGUGGCGGAAUGUGGAUUACCUUUGAUUGACGGUGUCGGGUUCUAUUGCUUAUGCUUUAACAAUCUUGUCGAUACUCUAUGGGGGGAUAGGCCCCGGGCCCGACAAAGAGGGAUGGCAAUCAUUUGACUGUCAUGGGGUCGGUGGUACUCAUGGGCUGCAGGACUGCAGGCGCGAGGGAUCCCCGGUAUCGAUUCUAUAUGGAAGAUAGUAUAGUCGGCGUAGUCGCCAGAUUGCUUCCCAGACACGCAGGACCAGGCUUUCGGCUUCCUGUGAUCCCAUCCGCUGACAUCGAACUCGCACAGUUUCAGGCCGGAUAGCUGCGUCUCAAAAGGCUGCCGCUCCGUUUUCUAUGCCCCUACGUUGAAAGACUUGUCUCUUAUGCUACAGGGACGUAGGCUACGAUUACAGGCGAUUAAUGAAUAUUUGAAG